AGCUCUCUCUCCUAUUCUACACCAUUUUCCUCUCAGCGUCCUCGGCCUCCUCUCAACUGAUAACUCAGAGAUAAGAGAGCCAAGCCUUCGUCUUUGAAGGUCGGCUUGCUCUUCUUCGUCCUCGAUCGCCUUUUUUACGUCGUCUUUUUCGUCAUCUCAGCUUUUUGAAAAAUGGCCGAUGCCGAGGAUAUUCAGCCCCUUGUUUGUGACAAUGGAACUGGAAUGGUGAAGGCUGGUUUUGCUGGUGAUGAUGCUCCUAGGGCAGUGUUUCCUAGUAUUGUGGGCCGGCCCCGUCACACUGGUGUUAUGGUUGGGAUGGGCCAAAAAGAUGCUUAUGUUGGUGAUGAAGCCCAAUCCAAGAGGGGUAUUCUUACCUUGAAAUAUCCUAUUGAGCACGGUAUUGUCAGUAAUUGGGAUGAUAUGGAGAAGAUCUGGCAUCACACAUUCUACAAUGAGCUUCGUGUUGCUCCUGAAGAGCACCCAGUGCUUCUCACUGAAGCUCCUCUCAACCCUAAGGCCAACAGAGAAAAGAUGACUCAAAUCAUGUUUGAGACCUUCAAUGUGCCUGCCAUGUAUGUUGCUAUCCAGGCUGUUCUCUCCCUGUAUGCCAGUGGUCGUACAACUGGUAUUGUGCUGGAUUCUGGUGAUGGUGUGAGUCACACUGUGCCAAUCUACGAAGGGUAUGCCCUCCCACAUGCCAUCCUCCGUCUUGACCUUGCUGGUCGUGAUCUCACUGAUGCUUUGAUGAAGAUUCUCACUGAGAGAGGGUAUAUGUUCACCACCACUGCUGAACGGGAAAUUGUCCGUGACAUGAAGGAGAAGCUUGCAUAUGUUGCCCUUGACUAUGAGCAGGAACUUGAGACUGCCAAGAGCAGCUCCUCUGUUGAGAAGAACUAUGAAUUGCCUGACGGACAAGUCAUCACAAUUGGAGCUGAGAGAUUCCGAUGCCCAGAAGUCCUCUUCCAGCCAUCUCUGAUUGGAAUGGAAGCUGCUGGAAUCCAUGAGACUACCUACAACUCUAUCAUGAAAUGUGACGUGGAUAUCAGAAAGGAUCUCUAUGGAAAUAUUGUUCUUAGUGGUGGCUCAACCAUGUUCCCUGGUAUUGCUGACCGAAUGAGCAAGGAGAUCACUGCUCUUGCCCCAAGCAGCAUGAAGAUUAAGGUUGUGGCACCACCAGAGAGGAAGUACAGUGUCUGGAUCGGAGGAUCAAUCCUCGCAUCCCUCAGCACCUUCCAGCAGAUGUGGAUUUCCAAGGGUGAGUACGACGAGUCUGGUCCAUCUAUUGUCCACAGGAAGUGCUUCUAAAUUCUACAGCAGUGCUUUGAUGGUGAGUUUUAUUUCCAUUUAGUUGGCUUUCGUGUCAUGUGUCAUGUGAACUCAAAUUGGUUGAAGUGGAAAUUGUUGAGGAAGUAUCACUGAAGGAGGGUAUGAUAUUUUGGUCUUGAUGUGUCCUCUAGCUUUUCAUCCGUGCGUGAGAGGCUUACCUGUAGUUGUCCUCUGGAUGUGGUGGGCAGAAAGCUGGUCCUCAAAAGUCCUUCCUCGGGUUGCAUUAUCUGUGGUUCAACCGUUCCCUUCAGUAGGAUGUUUGUAGCAGGAGAGUGAUUGUGAUGCUUUUUUUUUCCCCCUUUUUUUACUCUUUCAAUAUUUGACGGUUUUUUUUCCCUGGGAACAUUAAUGUUAAUAGCUAUUGUAUGAGAAAAUUUUAUGUUAGCGUCAGUUUGCGGUCAUAAACUUUCUAUGAAAACUAUAUUUAAUUA